AUGAAACUAGUCUUUUUUUUUAUUGCUAUUGGUCUAGUAGUAAAUGAACAAACUACUCAUAUAUGUAGCCCAGGUCGAGGCAUUGGUAGCAAUGGUAAGCCACGGCAGUAUUUUAUACAUAAAAAUAAUCGAAAACAAGCACAACAAGCUGUACGACAUCAAGAUGAUGGUCGUCCACCAAUUUAUCAUAAUGAACGUGGUAAAAAAUUGCACUUUCAUUCAUCGAAUAAACAUGAUAAUAUUCGAAAGAGAUGGAAUUCAUUUUCAAUAUGGUAA